UGAGAUUAUGUUUGGUAUAAAACAGCUAGUCUUAAAAUAUAAUAUUCUGGAAUAAUUACCUAUUUUAUGCUGUCAAGUUUUUGUUUUACCUGCUCUGUACGUUGUAGCACUAUUUUAGUUAAAAUAUGGGAAAAAAUAAGAAGUCAAACACGAAGCAUCCAGAUUUGGGUAGAAGCUUAAUCAAGGGAAAAAACCAAGCAAAAAGAAGUGUGCAAAGGGCUGGUAAAGACUCCUGGCUGCAUACUAGUGAAGUUCAAGAUGGAUACGAUUGGAAUAGAUUAAAUUUACAGUCAAUAACAGAGCAAAAUACACUGGAUGAGUUUUUAGAGACUGCGGAAUUGGCUGGUGUCGAAUUUACUGCAGAAAAACUUAAUGUGAAGAUAGUUGGAACAGGUAGUGUCACUGGUGUGCUUGGUGAUGCAGAGAAAGAAUCAGUGAAGAAACUUCAAGAAGAAAAUAGAAGCUUUGUUACGAUACCACGACGGCCAAAGUGGGAUGUAAAUACAUCUUCAGAAGAAUUAGCCCUACUUGAGAGAGAAGCAUUUUUGACCUGGAGAAGAACCUUAGCAUUAUUACAAGAAGAAAAGCAAUUAUUGCUAACGCCAUAUGAAAAGAAUUUAGAUGUGUGGCGGCAAUUAUGGAGGGUUAUUGAAAGAAGUGAUGUCAUCUGUCAAAUUGUUGAUGCACGUAAUCCACUGCUGUAUAAAUGUGAUGAUCUAGAAUCUUACAUAAAAGAAGUAGAUCCAUCAAAGAAGUUUAUUAUCUUGAUCAACAAAGCAGACUACCUUACUGAAACACAAAGAUCUUAUUGGUUAAACUAUUUUAAUACGCAGAGGUCUAAAGUUAUAUUUUGGUCAGCACUGGAAGAAGGUAUGGUGGAUGAGGAAACAACUGACAUACAAGAUAGAGAGCUUUCUGACGAAGUAAAGUCAUUGCUAUUAACACAAUCGAUUAAUCAAGAUGCAAUAUCAAAAGAGGAAGACUCGAGAAUCGACAAGAACGUUAAACAACAUGAAGAAGAAAAUACUACAGCUUUCAUAGACAGUGUUGUGGAAACAACAGAAGAUUGUGAAUGUCCAAAAAGUGAUAACAUUUCUGAUAAUAAUAAUACAGAACUUUUAUCUCGUAAAAGACUUCUAGAUUUUUUCAGAUCCUUUGAACAAACUGAUGCAAAAAAUAAGAAGAGUUAUUUAACUAUUGGCUUGGUGGGAUAUCCUAAUGUUGGAAAAAGUUCAACUAUAAAUGCUUUAAUGCAGGAAAAGAAAACAGCGGUUUCGGCUACUCCAGGGAAAACUAAACAUUUUCAGACAUUAUUCAUCGAUGACAACCUUUGUUUAUGUGAUUGUCCCGGCUUAGUGUUCCCAACCUUUGUUUCUACCAAAGCAGAGAUGGUUUUAAAUGGAAUUUUACCAAUUGAUCAGCUAAAAGAUUAUAUUGCACCAUCAACAAUACUUGCACAAAUGAUACCAAAAAAGAUUAUUGAAAAUACUUAUGGAAUCAAUAUACCAAAGCCAAAAGAAGGGGAGAAUCCAAAUCGUCCACCAUCAGCUGAGGAAAUGCUGUCUAGUUAUGGACGAAUGAGAGGUUUCAUGACUAAUAAUGGUUUACCUGACUGUCCAAGAGCUUCCAGAUAUAUUUUAAAAGAUUUCAUUAAGGGAAAACUUUUGUAUUGCCAUCCUCCACCAGAUGUAUCUGAAGACAAAUAUCAACCAUGUACAAUAAGUCAAAAAUUUGUCGACAAAAUGUUAAUGAGAGAGGAAAAAGAAUCUAAAAGAAAAGACAAAAAUAACGAGGUAGAUAUGAAUGAAGUUGACAAAGAUUUCUUUUCAGAGAAACCACCAGCAGCACAUUUUAAAGCUCCCACGGGAAGCCAACAUGGACCACAACUUAUCAUUGGAAAUGACGUCAUACAAAAACCUUGGAAGAGACAUGGUAAUAAAAACAAAAGAGAAAAGUUGAGAAGAAUUUACAACAAUAACAACUGAUGCAAGUUCAUUAUAUAUCAGCACUGUAAAUAAGUGAACCUGGACGUCAUUUUGAGAAGUGGUGCUACAGGAAACGAAAACGAACAUGAAGCAAACAUAUUUCUUUAAAAUUUAAAAAGACUCUUUUUUUUACUUUAUAUCUAAUAAAAUAACGAGGGAAUUGUUAUUUUUAACAUUUAUUCAGAAAAUACGGCAUGCUAUUUAUUUACAAAUAUCAAAUGUUCAACGACUUUGUUCAGUUGUUGAACUUUGUGGAGUUUUAUAUAGCUACCAAUAUGAAUAUUUCAAAGGGAGUUCUGAGUACAAUAAAACAUAUUAAAAACUACAUCAACAAAGACUUGUCACUUGAAUAGUCAGCGAUUUUUACAUACUAAAGAGCUUCUUUUUUAUGAAAAUAGAAUUGUUGAUAAGUUGAUAAACUUUUUGGUAGAUAUCAACUUCACGAACAUAGAGACACCUUGCCUCGAUUAUUCAAUUUAAAUAAAAAUCAUGUUGGCUCAAUAUAAAUGCAUCCCACCUGCUUACUUAGGAAACUAUUUACACACUAAACUCAAUUCCUUGCUUUCCAAAAUCUUGCUUUUCUACAUCUGCAAUCUUGAUAGGCAGGGUUUUUUUCUUCCUAUAACACAACAAAUAGAAAUUUCAGUGUGAAAAACCUUCAAAGUACAGAGCAAUAUUUUUUUUUACUACCAAGGUUGUAAAGGUGUCAAAAUUUGUCCGUUAUUUAGUAACAUAACAUGUUUAUUGUUUAAGAAGAAACAUGAAAGUAUAAUACAAUUAUAAAUAUCAAAAUAGAUUUUUACAUUUGACAAUACUGUAUGUUUUGUUUUUCAAUCUUACUUGUGAUACCAUUUAUGUAUGCUAACUAAUACAUUACAUGCUGACUGUGUAUAA